AUGUUCCUAUCUAUUUAUCUAAAUCUGUUAAUAUCUAUCUAUCUAUCUAUCUAUCUAUCUAUCUAUCUAUCUAUCUAUCUAUCUCAAUCGCUUUCUUUCUUUCUUUCUUUCUUUCUCACUCUGCAGCCGGUAUAUUAUCUAUCUAUCUCAGCCUGUUUCUUUCUUUCUAUCUAUCUAUCUCACCCUCUUUAUUUCUUUCUUUCUAUCUAUCUAUCUCAGCCUGUUUCUUUCUUUUUUUCUUUCUAUCUAUCUAUCUAUCUAUCUAUCUAUCUAUCUAUCUAUCUAUCUAUCUAUCUAUCUCAGCCUGUUUCUUUCUUUCUAUCUAUCUAUCUAUCUAUCUAUCUAUCUAUCUCAGCCUGUUUAUUUCUAUCUAUCUAUCUAUCUAUCUAUCUAUCUAUCUCAGCCUGUUUCUUUCUUUCUUUCUUUCUUUCUAUCUGUCUAUCUAUCUAUCUUAGCCUCUUUCUUUGUUUCUGUCUAUCUAUCUAUCUAUCUAUCUAUCUAUCUCAGCCCCUUUCUUUAUUUCUGUCUAUCUAUCUAUCUAUCUCAGCCUGUUUCUUUCUUUCUUUCUUUCUUUCUUUCUUUAUUUCUUUCUUUCUUUCUUUCUAUCUAUCUAUCUAUGCUCAAUGGCCUAUUUAUUUCUCUCUACUAAGUUCAAUCUUCUGCUCGGCUUCAUUUGAAUCGUGA